AUGGCGACGGAGGGGGGCCGGGUGCAGAUCUCCUUCCCCCAGCACGCGGCGGCGCUGUUGGAGUCCCUCAACCGCCUGCGGCUGGAGGGGAAGUUCUGCGACGUGGCCGUCCACGUGGGCGGGCGGAUCUUCCCCGCCCACAAAAGCGUCCUGGCCGCCGCUUCCCCCUUCUUCCACGACAAGUUGUUGCUGCAAGAUGGAGGACGUCUUCUGUUACCCCCCGCCAUCGAUCCCGACGCCUUUGAGGGCCUCCUACACCUCAUCUACUCGGGACGUUUGACGUUGUUGUUGGAGGCCCUGCCCGGUCAUCUCUUGGUGGCCAGCAGUCUCCAGAUGUGGCACGUGGUGGAUCAGUGCUCGGAGAUCCUGAGGGAGUUGGAGGGAGGGGCGUGCCGGUGGGCUGGGCAGGGCAGCGAGGUGACAUCAUCAUCAACUGGUCGUGGAGGUGAGGCUUCAUGGACCACUCGUGGUGGAGAUGGGUCUUCAUCAUCACCCUUGCCCAACCGGGGUGGAGAUGGGUCUUCGUGUAGCACCCACGGUAGAGAUGGAGGAGCAUCGUGGCCCACCCGUGGUGGAGAUGGGUCGUCAUGUCCCACCCGCGGUGGUGACGGAGCGUCAUCGUGGCCCGCCCGCGGCGGCAGUGGCUCUUCAUCGUCCUCGUGGCCCACGCGUGGCGGCGACGGCUCAUCGUGUCCCACCCGCGGUGGUGACGGAGGAUCCUUGUGGUCUGCCCGUGGUGGCGAUGGGUCUUCAUCAUCAUCGUGGCCCGGGCGUGGUGGCGACGGCUCUUCGUGGGCCGCCCGCGGCGGCGACGCGGCGACGCCGUCUUUCACCAAGGAGGGGGGCGAGGAGAUCCUCAAAAUCCGCGUGGCCGCCGACGUGGCGCCGGCAGCGACGUCAUCCCUCAGCUCCCUCCUGAAGGACGCCGGCGAGGAGGUCCUCAAGAUCUGUGUGGAGGAGGAGGAGGAGGAGGAAGAAGAGGAGGAGGAAGAAGAGGGUGGCCGCCGCCACCACCACCCCACCGACGCCCUCCCGAUCGUCGGGAUGACGGUGACAACCGGCGGUACGAUGGUAACAACCGGCGGCGGCGCGACCAUCUUCCCUCAACCAUCUUGGAAACCGGUGGACCUUCACGGGAACGAGAUCCUAGGCCGAGGUCAAGCUCUUCACGCCCCGGUGAAGUUGGGAGCGGCUCCCGACGGCAAACGUUUCGGUUGUUUGUGCGGUAAACGGUUUGCCGUCAAACCCAAACGGGAUCGGCACAUCAUGUUGACCUUCAGCUUGCGUCCCUUCACCUGCGCCGCCUGUCACAAGCGCUUCAAGUUGAAGCACCACUUGACGGAGCACAUGAAGACCCACGACGGAGCCGGGCAAGCUUGCGAGGGUUGCGGGCGACGGUUCCGCCUGCAGAGCGGUUUGGCCAAGCAUCGGCCGCUCUGUCAGGGGGUGCGGUGGGGAGGGGGGUGCUGGGCCUCCCAGUUCAGGCUCUAG